AUGUCUGCAACAACACACUUUGUUCCACUUCAAAUCACUAAGCGUGAUGGCCGUCUUGAGAAAUUUGAUGACUCGAAGAUCUUCCACGCCAUUGAAAAGGCUGUUCAGUCAGCCAACACACACACUUCAACGUCUGAGAUUAGUGAAAUAGUCUCGAACGUUGUAUCCAAUAUGAAACACUUGACGUCGAAGACCCCAAACAUUGAGGAGAUCCAGGACUUAGUGGAGAAGGCGUUGAUGACUUUCAAGGAGUUUAGUGUAGCCAAGAGUUAUGUCUUAUAUAGAGAAGAGCGCUCGAAGAUCCGAUUGAGUGAAAGUCGACUGAUGCAGACGUUCAACAGCCUCACCUCCCGUGAUGCUAAAGAUAUGGACUUAAAACGAGAGAACGCAAACGUCGACGGGAACUCUUCGAUGGGGUUAAUGCUCAAAUUUGGAUCGGAGGGGUCCACUGAGUUCACCAAGUUAAUGUUAAUGAAGCCCGAGCAUGCUACUGCCCACGAAGAUAGAAGAAUCCACGUCCACGAUUUAGACUUCUACGCUAUUGGAACAACAACGUGCUGCCAAAUCGACUUGAUUGAUAUGUUCACUCGAACGUUUUCUACUGGACAUGGGAGCAUUAGAGAACCAAAUGAUAUCUCCACGUAUGCCGCACUCGCGUGUAUAGUCCUCCAAAGCAAUCAGAACGAACAACACGGCGGACAGUCCAUUCCAAAUUUCGACUAUGCUAUGGCCGAAGGCGUGAAGAAGUCUUAUUACACUUGCGUAUGUGAAACUGUGACUAAUUUACUUCAGAUGAAGUACGCGAUAUUCGAAGAACAAAUGAAGAAGGUCUUGGAGAACCAAAAGGAGUCACUUCGAUAUUUGAAAACGGACUGGGUUGGGUUGAGUGAGGUUAUACGACAGAGAUACCACGUCGACUUGACAGAAGAAGAUGCGAAGAACAUUGAGACAGUCGCAAAUCGAAUGCUUGAGAGAAAGACGUUCCAGGCUAUGGAGGCUUUGAUACACAAUUUGAAUACGAUGCACUCAAGAGCAGGUUCACAAGUUCCUUUCACGUCUAUUAACUUUGGGACAGACGUCUCGGAUGAAGGUCGACUUGCGACUCGAAGUGUUCUUAAAGCGACGUGGAAUGGAUUAGGAAAUGGAGAGACGGCGAUAUUCCCAAUUUCGGUGUUUAAAGUGAUGGAGGGAGUCAAUUACAAUCCCGAAGACACAAACUACGACUUGUUCAAAUUGGCAAUUAAAGUCUCUGCGAAACGUCUGUUCCCAAACUUUGUGUUCUUGGAUGCGCCGUUCAAUAAGAAGUACUACAAGAAAGGCGACUACCGAACAGAGGCAGUUGCGAUGGGGUGCCGCACAAGAGUCAUUGGGAGCAUCUUCCCUGAGAGCGACGGGAUUGUGACUGGACGAGGAAACUUGAGCUUCACAACAAUUAACCUCCCCCGUCUUGGAAUCAAAUACGGCAUUUGUGAGGGCAAAAGAGAAGUCUGUGAACUUGAGAACUUCUACAAAGAGCUGAAAGAGACGAUGGAUUUAGUCACCGAUCAACUGAUUGAGAGGUACCGAUUCCAGUGCAAUAAAAAGGUGAUGAAUUUUCCGUUCAUGAUGGGGCAAGGCGUCUGGUACGGGUCGAAAGAAUUGAAAGAGUCUGAUACACUGGAAAGCGUCUUGAAACAUGGAACACUGUCGAUUGGAUUUAUCGGAUUGGCGGAAACCCUUGUUGCCCUCACAGGGAAACACCACGGAGAGUCGAAUGACAGCUGGGGACUUGGGAAGAGGAUCAUCCAAUUCAUGCGAGACUACUGCGACGAGACGAGCAAAACUCACCACUUGAACUUCUCUUUGUUGGGAACACCUGCUGAAGGACUCUCUGGGAGGUUUGUCAAAUACGACGCAGAAGUCUUUGGGAAGAUUAAGGGAGUCACUGAUAGAGACUACUACACAAACUCAUUCCAUGUCCCUGUCUACUUCAAAAUCACUGCUGCCGAUAAGAUCAGAAAGGAAGCCCCGUUCCAUGAGAUGUGCAACGCAGGACAUAUCACUUAUGUUGAAGUCGAUGGAGACCCUUUGAAGAACCUCGGCGCGUUCGAACAAAUAGUCCGAAUCAUGAAGGAAAGCGGAAUUGGAUAUGGAAGCAUCAAUCACCCAGUUGAUAGAGACCCUAAAUGUGGGUAUGUCGGAAUCAUAGAUAACGUCUGUCCAAAAUGCCACAGGAAGGACGAGGACCAUGACUGUAAAUUUGAACGACUGAGAAGAAUCACUGGGUAUCUUGUUGGAACAUUGGAUCGAUGGAACAAUGCAAAACAAGCGGAGGAGAAAGAUCGUGUCAAACAUGCUUAA